CUUGGGAGGCGGAGGCGGGAGGGUCGCCUCAGGGCCCUCUGCGCCCUGCGGGGUCCAGCGCUGCCCCGGGGGCACAGCGCAGCUGUCAGCCCUGGGCUCCGAGCGGUGACAGUGGGAAACGCUGAAUGUGUCCCAUGCCUGGGUGAGUACGGCCUUGGAAGGGAAGGCUUCCCGUUCUCACAGGUGACUGCUCGCUGCAGGCAGGACUCUGCAGCCCCGUGAAGACAUGGAGCGGGCGUUCCUCAGUGGAUGCCAUCGUGCCGUCAUCGCACAACAGCCGACAGGAUGCGACUGCAGGGCCACAGUGUCACCCCAGAGCCUGCAUCCAUCUGGCAGACCAGCAGCCAGGAGGGGCCUGUUCUGUGGGAAAGGGGAAGGACAGAUUGGCUGUGGUCACAGCAACUUGUAUGAAUGCUCUGCCAGUGAGGAGGUGCACAAAAAGCUGGAGGGGAACAUGGCCAGGACAGCUGACCCAAACUGUCCAAAGGGAUAUUCCAUACCAUAGAACAUCAUACCCAGUAUACAAAUGGGGAAGGAGGUUCCAGUGGCUGCAGGGGGACAGGCUGGAUAUCGGUCAGCGAGUGGCAUAUUUAUUGUUAAGAACAAGUUAAGAACUAUUGAAGACAUUAACAGGUACUGAAGAACAGUCUCUGUCACUGUUUACCUCCGGAGGGGUAAAAAGAUUGCUACUGCCUGCCUUGGACACAUGCCCGUAAUCAGCUUACGAGCUUCCCUUGACCUACGCUUCUUUUCCUAAUGCUGAUCUGACUAUGGCUGUCCUCAAAGUAAAAUUCACCAAAACUAAGAGGGACAAACUGGCCCAGAUCUUAUGGAUACUCAACUGGGUUUCUGUAGUGAGCGGGAUCAUUCUCUUCAGUCUUGGCCUCUUUCUGAAAAUAGAGAUCAAGAAGCGCAAUGAAGUGAUGGCAAAAGGGGACAUUAACUCUGUCCCCAACAUGCUGAUCUCUGUGGGGGUCAUAGCAUGUAUCAUCAACUUUCUGGGUGGAAAAAUCUGCUAUGACUGCUCAGAUGCCAACAAGUUCUCUCGAUGGAAACUUGUUAUGCUGCCAUAUAUCGUAUGUACCUUCUGUUUUACCUUCUGCAUCCUGGUGGGUGCUCUCAUGUGCUACACCAUGAAGAAUGAGCUGGAAGAGUCUCUCUACCUGGGACUGAGGGAUGCUAUUAAGUUCUAUAAAGACACAGACAUUCCUGGACGAUGUUUCUUAAAGAAAACAGUGGAUUUGUUACAAAUUGGAUUCCACUGCUGUGGAAACAAUGGCUUUAGAGACUGGUUUGAAAUUCAGUGGGUAUCUGCUCGUUAUCUGAAUAUGGCUUCUAAGGAGGUUCAAGACCGUCUAAAGAGCAAUGUUGAUGGGAAGUUCCUGGUGGAUGGAGUACCCUUCAGCUGCUGCAACCCCAGCUCCCCACGGCCCUGCAUCCAGUACCAGCUGACCAACAACAGUGCUCACUACAACUAUGAUUUUCUGACGGAGGAGCUCAAUAUCUGGGUGAAGGGGUGCCGAGAGGCCCUGCUGGAUUACUACACCACUAUUAUGCGAUCGAUUGGCAUUGCAGCAUUGCUUAUUUGGUUGUUUGAGCUCUGUGUACUUGUUGGUGUUCGGUACCUACAAACAGCCAUGAAGAAUGUCCUUCUGCUCGGAGAUCUGGAGGGUGAAUCAGAUGGUUGGUUACUAGAAAACAGUUUUGUGGAAACUGCCAAAUACAACAUCAGUAUCAUUAAGAACCUCGGCAAAGCCAACCAGAUCUCCACUGUAUCAGGCAUGAAUGACCCUAACAUUAAUGUUCAAAACACAGACUGUGGCAAAACCAAUGUUUCAACAAAAUCUAUCCCUGCAGCUAGGUAGGCAAACCUUUGAAGGAACAACAUCACAAGUUUAGCUUUGCUGUAUUACAGUACUACAGUUACCAGAUUUUUCACUGGUGGGGUAAAAAAGGAAAAAAAAUGAAGACAAUUGAACAAACCACAGACUGGUGACAGCUCCAAAACUGCUGAUACUUCUUUGGAUGGAUGCAUUUUUACUUGUGAAAUCCCUGAUUUUCAACACCGCACAAAACUUUUGGAAUUUUUCCCACUUUCUCUCUUUACCUACAGAAUUCUGUCAUGGUCUGAACAUGCCAGAGUAAUCACUAUGCACAAGCAAAUGUUCCAGAGAGGAUGAGUCCACAUCUACUAACAUACACAUUAGUCUAAUAUGUACCAAAGUUUGUCCUUACUGUCAUUACACCUACAGAAAUCCCAGCAAUGGAAAUUCCCAAAGAAAUUAUUACACUUGAUAAGAUUCUUUACAAAAAAAGAGAAAAACUGAAAUGAAAGCUCUGUUAGUCCAAGAUAGGAGAGGAGAACUUUUAGCUGAAAUGUACCUACAUUGCAGCCCUUCUAAGAGAACCUACUAGCUAGAUGAAACUGAAGGCAGUGAAAGUUACUGUAAUGUAUUUCAUUUAUAUUUCCCAAAAAGUCUGAAGUGUGUCUUCAUUUUUCCCCCUCCAUAGUCUAGGCAAAGCCAGCUGCCACACCUCCCUGUAAGUCAAAGGGUACUGCUGAAAGGAGUUCUCUGCUUAAGGAACUGACAGCUCCUGCAAGGAUAUCUGAAAUUCCAAGUAGCAUGUGAUAGCCCUAGUUUAAAAACAAGUAGAUACUUCCCCUAAAACAAACACUGAUGAUGCUAGAUACUUACAAGCUCCUCAUUUCAAAAGUACUUACAUUGAUGCAGGGGCAGGAAGAUAAGGGACUAUGUGAAAUCAAUGAAGGCAAA